GACCUUUCUUCUCCUACGUUUGAAAACCUACUUGACCUGGCUGUCUUCAGGGUACUUGAUGCAGCAAUAUGUCUAAGCACACGACCUCCAAGAUUAUUCCCAACGACCGAGACAGUCUUUGGAAGAUAUUUCACCUCAGAAGAUUGGCACAAGUACGGUGAUAUGGAGACAGAGAUGGGAAGAAUGAAUUAUAUGUUGUCAAACCUACCGGAGAGAGGCAUUCCAGCUAUCUGCCUUCCUACUAUCGACACCGUUCUGUCUUCCUCCUGUGUUCUCGCAUCCUGGAAGAGGGUCCUUCGUCGUUUGGAGAGCUGUGUCAGUGAAGAGUUCUCAUGGGUCAUUCGCCAAAUGCAAAACCAGAAGUCGGUUUCGUCCUACUCUUCCAAGUCAGAUUUUAUAUCAGUUCCCAUGGACUACAGAAUAAACCCUCGUUCACAGCACGCGAAGCAGUUAUGGAACCGUUCACUGCUCGAAAUCUCGGUUCAAAUAUCUCAAGGUCGAUUCGAACAUGCAAAGUCCUUCCUACAAAUAUUUGCUUUCCUGAAAGACCCGCUAGGUGGACUCGAAAGUGCUUUCGACAAGGCAGUGCUGUUCUUUGUGUAUAUGGUGGCCUCUCUGGCUAAAACCCCGCUACAUCCGGCUAGAUAUCGUUCUGCAAUAGUACAAGCAGCACAAGAGGCCUUGUUUCUCUCGACUCCAUUAUUACAGGACAUUAACCAUGUUCAUUUUACUGGCCACCAGCAACUACCAUACGUCUACGUGGCAUUGGACCAACUUCCUCGUUCUGAGUUCAGCAUCCCUGGCCAUGUUGUUCACAUCAUCGAAGAAAUGCUCACCACCGCCGAGUACUCUGCACUCCACACAUGUGCGAUUGCCCCAAUAUCGGUAUCUUCCUACCCAGGUCUGCCAUUAGGGAAAGGCAAACACACCACCGUCAUCAUAGACGGUAACCAUCGGGCAACGGCAACCAUGGUUCUUCGACUGAUUGCCAAGCACCCUGGAAUCCUGGAAAUGAAGGAUCCAGAUGACGUGCUUAGUGCAUUUUGUGCUGACCACAAACUCGGCCUAAAGUGGAAAAUUGACCUUGCUGACGUUUUGAUGGCUUUGCGGAACAGUCCAUGUUCCACACUGAUCCAAACAAAAAUGCACCUUGUGAGAGAUUUCCGAGGAGUUGACACUAUCCCCGCACUGGUCGUCAGGGAGGACAAUUUUUUCACUGCAUGUCAGCAGCGCCCCCCGCUUGACGACCGCCCUAGGCUUCUGCUACCUUUUCAUCAGGCGCUCUUCAAUGAUGAGAAGCUGGGUUUUGCCUUUCCACAGGCAGGGCAGGUACAUGGACGCGCAGUUGGAUUCAAGCCAAUGCCACUC